AUGGCGACUGACCAAAUGAAACACCGCAUGCAUGUUUUCAAGAAUACGGGCAAAGAUGUCGAUGAAAUGCGCAGGCGGAGGAACGAAGUGACAGUCGAAUUGAGAAAGAAUAAAAGAGAAGAAACCCUACAGAAACGUCGCAAUGUUCCCGUCAGCUACUCUACAGACGAAGAUGACACAGAUAGGACAUUGGCCUCGAUCGACCUCCAAGAAUUGGUUAUGAAAGCAGCUAACGCCGAGAACCCUGAAGUGCAGUUGGCAGCCGUUCAGCAAUGUAGAAAAUUAUUGUCCUCCGAUAAGAAUCCACCAAUAGAUGAGUUGAUAAAGACUGGAAUAUUACCUAUACUUGUUCAGUGCCUUUCAAGGGCGGAUAACCCGACGUUACAAUUCGAAGCUGCUUGGGCUCUUACGAAUAUUGCGUCAGGAACAUCCGCACAGACUAACAAAGUAGUACACGCAGGAGCUGUACCACUGUUCCUGUCAUUGCUAAUGUCACCACAUGAAAAUGUCUGUGAGCAGGCUGUUUGGGCUCUCGGUAAUAUUAUUGGUGACGGACCUGUUUUGCGAGACUAUGUUGUGGAGCUAGGAGUUGUCAAACCACUUCUAAGCUUUAUCAAACCAGAAAUACCCAUCACGUUCCUUCGUAAUGUUACAUGGGUUAUCGUGAACCUUUGUAGAAGUAAGGACCCUCCACCACCUGUCAAGACUAUCAAAGAAAUUUUGCCAGCGCUUAAUGUGCUCAUCACACACACAGAUACCAAUAUCUUAGUAGACACAGUUUGGGCAAUAAGCUAUCUAACAGACGGUGGCAAUGAACAAAUUCAAAUGGUCAUAGAUUCUGGUAUUGUGCCUAAGUUGAUCCCUCUGCUUUCACACAAAGAGGUGAAGACGCAGACGGCGGCGCUGCGCGCGGUGGGCAACAUCGUGACGGGCACGGACGAGCAGACGCAGGUGGUGCUCAACUGCGACGCGCUCUCGCACUUCCCCGCGCUGCUCUCGCACCCGAAAGAGAAGAUCUGCAAGGAGGCGGUGUGGUUCCUGUCGAACAUCACGGCGGGCAACAAGCAGCAGGUGCAGGCGGUGAUCGACGCGGGGCUGCUGCCCAAGAUCGUGGAGAACCUCAGCAAGGGCGAGUUCCAGACGCAGAAGGAGGCGGCGUGGGCCGUCAGCAACCUCAGCAUCAGCGGCUCGCGCGAGCAGGUGGCCGCGCUCGUGGCCGCCGGCGUCGUGCCGCCCUUCUGCAACCUGCUCGCCUGCAAGGACACGCAGGUCAUCAAUGUGGUGCUGGACGGGCUCAGCAACAUGCUGAAGAUGGCGGGCGACAACGCGGAGCAGGUCGCCAACAUGAUCGAGGAGUGCGGCGGCAUCGACAAGAUCGAGGAGCUGCAGGGACACGAGAAGGUCGAGAUAUACAAGAUGGCCUACGACAUCAUCGAGCAGUACUUCGCCGCAGAGGAGGAGGACGUGACGCUGGUGCCCGCCGCCGCCGACCAGGGCUUCACGUUCGAGCCCGCGCCCGCGCACCACGACUCCUUCCACUUC